GUGAGGGUUGUCAACCAGCGAAGUCGACAGGAGUUGUGUUCAACAUGAGCAUGACGAAACAGCACCACGACUCAACCAGUAAUCGACCCAAGCACCACAAAGGGGCAGGCAAACGGUCCUACCAGAAGGCUUUGAGACAAGCAGAGAAGAACGGAAUCGCCUACUACAAAAGGAAAAGCCUCACUUUCACAGAGCUAGGAGGAACUCCGGCUACUUCCAACACUGAGCGACCCAAACGGUCAAAGCCUGCCAGCAACCGGGAACAUGAAGGAAUAAGAUAUCUUUCUUGGAACGCGGGAUCGCUGACAACAGCAGUCUGGGAAGAGUUACUCUCCCUACUCGCGACGGAAGCGUACUCUGAUGUGAAAAUUGUCUUGGUCCAGGAGACUCACUGGAGAGGUAGCUGGCAGUUCCGUAAGGCACACUGGCAUGUUGUCAGCUCCGGCACUCACGAAGAGCAGGGAGCCGGGGUCAUGAUCAUGGUGCACGACUCGCUAUGCCGGGCGAAGGACAUUCGCUUCAAUGAGGUCUUGCCAGGGCGACUCCUGCACUUGCGUGUGCCUGGUGCCUCCUUCUCGCUUGACAUCCUCUCCUUUUAUCAAUUUGUCUGGGGCUCAAAGCAGACUCUGACCCAAAAUCAGGAGCAACGCCGUGCAGCUCUGCAUAGUUUGUCUCAGACAAUUGGCUCUCUCCCGCAGCGAAACACCCUGAUAGUUGCAGGGGACUACAAUAUGUCACUGAGGAAGCCGGCCACACACAUUCACGGCAAUUCAGUCAGCCAAAUUGACUAUGUCCAGCUGCGCCAGAGCCAGCAGGCCUAUGAUCAGCAGGAGAUGGAGGACUGCUAUAGUAGGCAGUCCUCAGAUAGGAUCCAACGGUACACCGUUACCGUCGACGCAGCCUUAGAGGGUCAGGAGCCAUCCUGGCAGUCAAGGAGGGCCUCUGAGAUCUGGCUGACGAAGCAAAGUGCGGAAGCAAGAACAGCCAAGCAACGCAAGUUCGCGCAGCGUCAAGCACUCAUCGAUGAGCAGCUCCGCCAAGCUGAGGCCAAAAGUGCUACGGACGGGAGUCACCCACUCUACAAGGUGAUCAAGACCUUCAAGCGCGGCCGGCCAAGCGAAAGGGUCCAGCUUCGUGUCGCACAGGGCCGCCUCCUCGCAGGAACGGAGGAGGCCAUCUGUAAGGCUCUUACGCACGUUGAUGAGGCCCGAGAUCGAGCCAGACAGAGUCAGCGACAGGCGGGUAAAGGACACAGGAGCGUCAGUUUGAAGGGUAGACUAACGCUAAGCGUUGAUAUGAGCAAAGCCUUUGAUAUGGUAGAUCGGCGCAGACUGCGAGAAGCCCUUGAGCUGGCAGCGGCGGAUCCUUUCCUGAUUGAACUAGUCGGCAAGUUGCACAUUCAGGCUCUCUAUGAGAUGACGGCCAGCGAUCAAGCCUUCAGCAUAGCCACUAAAAGAGGCAUAAAGCAAGGCUGCAAACUGGCCCCAUCCCGUUUUGCUUUCGCAACCUGCCUCUUGUUCCAAAAGCUGGGAGAGCACUGCGACACCGCGGUGCUCGCGCGCAUCCUCGCAAUGUAUGCGGAUGACACAUUGCUUCAAAUGCACUUCGAUGACUUAGCUCAGCUGCAUGAAGCGUUGAGGAUGGGUGAUCUUCUCUUGGACCAACUCACGGAACUUGGUUUUAAGGUAAAUCCUGAGAAAUCUGCCCUGCUCCUUCAGCUCCAUGGUGGAUCGGCACAGCAGAUUAGGCACAAAUUGAUCCUGACCAAAGCAGGCGAAAAAAUUGUGCAGUUACCAUCGGGCAGACUUAUCGCACUCAAGACGCAGGUCCCCUAUUUGGGGAUCAUCAUCUCCUACCGUGAGUACGAGAUGCAGUCCUUAAGGCAUCGACUGCAAGCCAGUAAGGCAGUCAUGAAAGAAGUGGCACACGCUGUUCGCAACAGCCACGCAGUGACAGAAAAACGUCGCAUGUCCAUUUGGCGCAUCACUGCCUGUUCUUCUGCCUUUUAUGGACUGCAUGUAGUAGGGCUCACGGAGCAAGGCCUUCCGGCAAUUGAGUCUCACAUGCUGUACCAGCUGCGCUUCGUCCUGAGGAGCUACUCCCAGAACACUCGGGAAUCGAACCAGAGCUUGCUCAAGCGUAAAGGCAUGAAGACAGCUAGGGUCCAGAUCAUGGCGAGAUUACGCAAGUUCAUUAAGCGCCAGCAUAAAGGCGACAAGGAUGCACUUCUUCCACAUUUUAUACCUGCCUCGGGCGCAAAGAUUGGCAGAGACGCUUCCACAGCUACAGAGCGCCGCUUGGGCAGCCAGGAGCAACUACAGGUCUGCACGGAGUGCGGUGCGAUCUUUAUCGGAACAAGAGUCCUACGUAGGCGACACAUAGAGAUUUCAACCUGCUCGCGUGUCCACCUGCUCCUCCGGGAGGAUCAGCAGGACAAUGACCAGAAGACGGAGCUCGACAAAGUGCACACAGAGGCGCUAACAGGCAACAAGGCCCUCAAGCAACACUUGAACCGUCAGCAUCCCGAGGUCAUGAGCCGGGUCCUGCAGGUCGAUGCACCUGGAAGGCAUUCGGAACAAUGUGUGCCUCUUCUGCAGACGCAUGUUCUUCAGGAGGCCCAGAAGCAGACGGAUGCCGGGUACAUAGUGGACGAGGAAGGCAACUCCCCGGUGUUUCUACAUGUAGAGAUGGCAACCGAUCUGCAGAUCAUGAUCAAUGGCUGGAGCAAUAGACGCGGCAAAAACAGUCAGCCAGUAAAGCUGCAAGGAACCGUCGAACUGCCUCUUUAUGCAGGCCAUUAUCGCAGCUUUGUGCUUUCGGAUGGGCAAUGGUAUCUAGGAGAGGCGAGGCACCGGGCAACUCUGGUGGAGAUUCUCCCCAGAAGCGGCAGAAAGGAGGAGGAGCUCCCCUUUCUAACGGCCAGGGCAAAGGCAAGAACGGCGGCCAACAAAGAUGGACGGUCAUCAGGGGAUACUGAUGAUAGCGGUGAUCUGGUGAGUGCUAUGGCCAGACUCGUCCUUCGUCAUGAUGAGCAGUUGACGGCCUUGACGACACAUCUCUGCUACAUCUCAUAUGUGCGCACAGAUGCUCGUUCGGUCUUACCAGAGCUUCACGCGGAGAGUAAGAAACACAGAGCCAUGUUGGCCCCAGCUGCCCCUCCAAGGCACGCCAUGACGCUCAAGGUGAGAGCAGCGAGGAGUUGCUCCCGCGAGUCAGCACUGUCUCUGCAGCCCUGUUUCGUCACUCAAGCUCUCCUGCAGUCUACUGUUCGCAACAUGGCGUACGUGCUCCAGCCAACACAGCUGGUCACAGUGCUGAUCCCUGCGCUAGCAGCUCUCUUUUACGAGACGGAGGUGGAAGCUGGUCGCGAGGUACUCCCCGGCUCCAUCAUCACACAGAUCCAGACCCUCAUCCAGGGCAAGGCAGUGAAGCUAAAGGCUCAGCUUAUGAUGCUGGCAGUGGAGCGGCCCGACGUGAGACGGAAAUCAUGUCUACGCCACCAGUACGAGCUCGAAACCGAGCUGCUCCGCCAGAAGUACUUCAGGGAGGACCAGGAGUUCAACGCUGUGGUUGCGGCCUGGGAGUCACACCUAGGUUGGGAAGUCACGGCCAUGGUGGAGGGACUCCCGGUGGAGUCACCAGCUCAGAGUGCAGCGAAAGAGUACCCAGGCCAGUGGUACAGGCUCCCUUUCAGGGCGCCGAACAAGCUCGACCUCAGCGAUGACCAGGCUGAGACAGGAUAUCAUGGGACACAUUUAGAAUGCCUCCAUUCUAUUUUGGCGAGCGGGAGGCUUCUUCCCAGCGAUCCAGGGAUCGCCGGAACCAGAGCCUUCGAAAACAGAGGUGGAGUAGACCUCCACCGCCCUAUGAACUGGCAUCUAGCCGAAGGUUACAGCUCUCUCACCAGAUAUGGGACGAAACAUAUCUUCAUCAAGCCUUGUAUCGAAGUUCGCUUCGAUCCGAAAGGCAACAUGCGAGCUGGGAAGCAGACAAACCAACUCAUCCAGACGUUUGAGACAGUCAAGAUCCUCGCAGUGCACUUGAGGAUUGCAACAAAGGCGAACCUGCAAGUCUCGGAAUAUCUGAUGGAAUGGGCAGGUGCACUGGAGCUUCCACUGAGCUCAGCCAAGCAAGCUUUCGAGACCUUGGGCCUUGCAGACACGUUGCCGAAGAAGACAGAGGUUGCUUCACAGUCAAGUGGAGAUACUCCCUUGACAGCUGGUCAGGGUGGAGUAACUCCCCCUGCGGAGGCUGGGUCAUCCAGCCAGUAUGCAACGCACUCUUCCAGCGCAGCAACGUCUAGCAUGGACGUGGACAUGCAAGGCCACCCAUGA